CAGCGCCCUCCCGACCCGCUCGCCGGGCUCCUCGGCCACGAAGGACAAAAGGUGGUUCCUGCUGUCGAGGAGUCCAUCACUGUUGCUCACAUUGUUGUUGAAGCAUCUUCCAUAGCAGAGGAGAUCAGCGACGCCUCGGCCAUCGUAGGCAGUGGGCACAUCAAAGAGGUCAUUGUAGCAGGAGACCAUGUGUUUGAGAACCCGAAUGGCCACGUGGAUGGGGAGGUCAGUGAGGAGCAGGACGUUUCCAGUGAGCUGACCAAGGUCAAGCUGCAGGUGAACAAGGAGGGGAGAUAUGUGUGUGAGCUGUGCCAGAAGACAUUUAAAACUGCCAGCAUCCUCAAAGCUCACAUGAUCACCCACAGCAGCAAGAAGGACUAUGAGUGUAAACUCUGUGGGACUUCCUUUAGGACAAAGGGGUCUCUGAUCCGACACCAUCGGCGGCACACGGAUGAAAGACCUUACAAAUGUAAGAAAUGUGGGAAAAGCUUCCGGGAAUCGGGAGCUUUGACUCGGCACCUUAAAUCUCUAACACCUUGCACUGAAAAAAUCCGCUUCAACAUGACCAAAGAAAUAGUUGUCAACAAAGAUGAUCUGCCACCAGGUUCAUUUCUUGCAGGACCCUGCAGCUCCACCACAGACACAGUGUCCUCCAUAGCGAGCGAAUCCAUCGAGGCCUCCCCUGUCAUCCACUUCGUGACAGAUGCAAAAGGCAACGUGCUCCAUGAGGUCCAUGUGCAGAUGCAGGGACUGCCCGUGGUGGAUGCAAAGCCCCUGGAGGCAGAUCAGCCGCAUCCCAAGGAGCUGCCCUGUGAGGGGGAAGUGAACAGUGAGAACCUGCUGAGGCAGGCCAUGAGGAAUUCGGGGAUUGUCAUCGAGAGAGUGGCUCUGGAGGAGGUGCAGAAGCCGGAUGUACCUGUGGCAGCUGCUCCAGAAGGGCUGGAGAACAAAGGGAUGGAAGUAGAAGAGCAGCCGUGUGUGGAGCAGUGUGUUAAACUGGAAGGAGUAGAGUCUACACCUGCAGAAGGAACCAACGGGUACAAAUGUUACGUUUGCUCUCACUGUAAUGAAGCCUUCAAUGAAGUUGCUGCCCUGGAAGCUCACAGCAAGAGUCACACAGAGUACAAACCUUUCAAGUGCGAGGAGUGUGGCAAGGAGUUCACCAAGGGCUACCUGCUGAAGAAGCACCAGGAGGUGCACGUGAACGAGCGGCGCUUCCGCUGCGGGGAGUGUGGCAAGCUCUACAAAACCAUCGCCCACGUCAAGGGGCACCGGCGCGUGCACUCGGACGAGCGGCCCUACGCCUGCCCCAAGUGCGGCAAGCGCUACAAGACAAAGAACGCCCAGCAGGUGCAUUUCCGUACCCACCUGGAGGACAAGCCCUACGUGUGCCAGUUCUGCAGCCGGGGCUUCCGGGAGAAGGGCUCCCUGGUGCGCCACAUCCGCCACCACACCGGCGAGAAGCCCUUCAAGUGCUACAAGUGCGGCCGCGGCUUCGCCGAGCACGGCACCCUCAACAGGCACCUCAGAACCAAAGGUGGCUGCCUCCUUGCUAUGAAGGAGGUGGAAGAAGUGAUGGUGUCAGAGGAGAGCCAGUCUGCUGACAACCUGGCAGCCACGGUCCUUUCGGAGGAUCCACACACGGUUCUGGUGGAGUUCUCCUCAGUGGUGGCAGACACCCAGGAGUACAUCAUCGAGACUUCUACCGAAGACAUGGAGACCAGUGAAGCUACCGAAAUAAUAGAGGGAACAAGACAUGAGGUGGACAGCCACAUCAUGAAGGUGGUGCAGCAGAUCGUGAACCAGGCCAACUCGGGCCACCAGAUCAUCGUGCAGAACGUGACGGUGGCCGAGUCUAAAACGGGAUAGUGCAGGUCUGAAACGGGAUAGGACAGGGCAGGUCCGAGGUGUUCUCAGUCUUAAACCAAUUCCAGGAGUUAAACCCUUGGCCUGGUCACGCUGAGGAGACUGACAGGUCACAAGUGGCACUCAGUAUUCUGUACAGCAGCCUCGAAUGAAGGAAGAUCCUUUGGGAAUCAGCCCACUCUGCCCACCAUUGGGACGGCAGUGGUCUGGCUUUUUAAAGGAUUCAGAAAGUGUAGCAAGUAUGUGGGGUCUAACAAGGGAUUAUUUCAAUAUAUGCAUUUAAAACAAAUUGAGAAAACCAAACCUAAGGAGUUGUGGUGUGUGUUGAGCACCACUGAAACACUCUCAUGCCUUUAACCUCACUCCUUCAGGCCUCCCAAGGCACGGUACUGCAGUAUUUCUCUUUUCUUUGGUAUCCUGGACAAGUAGCCUUAUGUACUGGUCUGUGAAUGCAUCAUUGUACCCUGCAAUGCCAGCCAGGCUGCUCUGAGAGCCAGCCUGGGGGCUGGAAAGCCAUAUUGUAUAGGAAUUUGGUUUUUUUUAAACCAUAUUUGGAUUUUUUGCAUAUUGUACAUAUUUGGCAUGUAAAUAAAUACAUUUUUAAAAAUAAAGUUAUUUAAAGUUCUUACUACA